GUGGUUUAGAAUAUUGCACUUAUGUUCACACGCAUGCGUGGUCACUGGAUUGUCUUCAAUUACAGAUUCAGCUGCUUUUGACUUUAAACCUUGAACACCAUGUGUGUACGGUUUGGUUACUUCUGAGGGUCACAGUAGGAGUAAGUGAGUGUUGUUUAGUUUCCUCACUGAGUCCCUUUCUUUACCUUGAUGUCACAGUUUUCCUCCCACUCUCACAGCGGCUCCGCCCCGCUGUUCCCGGUAGUCUCGUCGGACACCGAGCUCUCCCACUCUGUCAAGGUGCGUCUGUUUGGUGUCUGAGUCCUUUCACUGCAGCUUCUUUCACAUGGGUUUCUUUAGGUCUACUUAUCUCACGUGGUCUGUGUUGUGGACGCUGUAACACCCACUGUUAGACUACACCAUCAGAGGAUCUAUGAAGUGAACUCCAGUUGGAUUAAACGCGCUCUCUGGAGAACAGCUCAGUUGGAUAUGGAGUUUAUCGUCCUCUUAACAUGCGCCGUCAUGUCUCUGGUGCUCCACACUAAAGCAGAUUGCCCUCCACCAACCGGGCUGAAGCAUGUGUGGCUCGACCCGUUUACUGUAACGGUGUCCUGGGAAAAGCCCAAUGGUCUGCAGGAUGGCAGUGAGGUCAAGUGCAGAUACUGCUAUAUGGAGAAAGGAAAGCCUGAAAGUCCGACAGGAACGUCUAUAAGAAAUUUCACAGAGGCAUGUCUCUCAGAAGAGACGAAAUCUUAUACUUGGACGUAUGAAGUUUGGACUGACGUCACCCAAUCCUGUAACAGCUCCAAUGACAGCGCACAUGCCGAGAUAACAUUCAAAAACCAAAAACCACGAGCUCACGUGGUGGAGAACUUCAAAUGUGUCAUCCAACGCGAUGAGCUGAACUGUUCCUGGGUUCCUGUAGACCCAUCUCUAAAACUGAAUCUCUCCUACAGGAUCUGUGGACGUUUUGAGGAACGAUUGAACCGUUCAAAGUGCAAUGAGUUCUACAGCAGUGGGACCCGGACCGGUUGUCGAUUGAAAGCUGAUAUCAAGGAGGGGGAACUCUGCAUCUUUGUGGAGACUGAAGCUGGCAUGAGCACCUUCAAAUCUAAACUUGAGGUCCCUCCACCGAAGCUGAGAGUCAUAGAAGAGGGAAACAAACUCACACUGAGCUGGGACCCUCCAGAAAUUGGGGAAGGUUGUGAUUGGAUUACCAAUAUCUGCCACAAACAGUGCAGUAAAGCCGAAGUGUGCCGUAACUACACGAUCACCAGAGAACAACCCAACUCCAUAGAGAUGGCCUACGAUCAAAGCUGCCUUUAUGAGUUCAAAUCCAGAGUCAGGACCAGUCGGCACUGCAGGGAUGUAUCCAGCGAAUUCAGUGAAAUCUUAUCUCACGGUACCAACAAGGCUCCGGAUGGGACUCACACUGUGGUCGCCAUCAUCAUCCCGAUCCUUCUGUCCAUCUGCGUCCUCCUGUCCUGCUAUUGUUUCAGGAGACACAGUGCCAUAAUCUGCCCAAACAUCCCAGAUCCAUCUGGAUUAAUCAAGGACUUCAUGAUGAACGGAAACAAAGAACAGAAGACCACGGGGAGCGUGUACGAGCCGGUACCAGAACCGUUUGAAGUCCCCACAGUCUCCCCAGUGACUGAAACCGGCACACUCCAGCAGAACGUGUGACUCCGAGUGCAGCUGGACCUUCACUGCGGGAGACGUCAUGAGGAAUACUAACUUUGGACACAAGGCGGAUAAACUUUGUUUCACUGACCUCUUCAGGCUGGAAGCUUCAUGACAGGUGCUCAGAGUCUGGCAGGUGUGGUCAGAAGGGCAGUGAUGGAGGACAUAUCAGAUACAAACAGAACUCUGUGGAAAAACUCUGCUACGUAUAAAACUUGAUUCAAGUGGAGCUUAUUUUAAACUAUUUGUAUAUAGUGAGUUACUAAUCGAUUGUUUAUCUGAGAUAUACUUGUAUAUACUGUUGGGUAGCCUAAUUUAUUACUGGGCAUAAAGCUCUUAACAUGUGAAGAAUGCAAAAAAUGUAAAUAUGUUCCAAAGCUGUAAAAUCAUUGCAGGGAAGUGAAAAGUACAAUAUCUGCCUCUUUGAUGUCGUAGACUAAAAGCUGCAUCUUUACCCUGCUAUCAAAGCUCAGCAGAAACAAGGGCUGCUUUUUGACAUUGUGCUGAUAUACGUGCGGCUGCUGGGGUUUCCAGUGACAUGAGUUGCACUGAAUCCCUGGAGCAUAAUUUAAAAGGCUGCCCAGCUACAGAGCCAGAAAUACAGAACAAUCUGCAUGCUCUGAGCUGAUAUCCUCAAGUUUGCUCUGUGUGCUCUCAUGAUGGCAAGUGAGGAAGGAUUGUUUGAUAGAUUUCAAGACCGUAAAUGGCCCUGCAGAACAGCUGUGUUCUUUGGGAUCUGAGAGGGAGUGGGUGCAUCCCCCUGAUAUCUGCUGUAAAACAUCUACAAGACCACGUGGGAGUAAAAAGGAGAAUUGUGACUCGACAUAGUCUUUCAAGGAAAUAAACUCAAGGCAACUGGACAAUAGAGAGGAAGCCGUGACCAAAGAGGCGGAAAGAAUUUACUUCUUUCAUAUGUUGUCCCUUAAGACUGAAGAGGAAGAUGACACAAGAGUUCACCCCCAGAAGCGGGAAUCAGCUUGUUUUGUGUCGUUGGCAUGGAUACAAACACUGUUAGAAAAGGGGUGGAUGUAAUGAGGACAAGUACACAAGCACAGAGUCAUUGCCCUCGCGUUCCUGCUGUGAAUACUCCAGUCCAGUUGAGAGAAAGAGACUUGAAAUGUCUGAUUAUAAGAGGAAGUGUGGACAUGGUGAAACUUUGAAUGUCUAAUCGCGGGACAGAACUUCACAACUUCACUUUUUUCCUUUCAGAUUGUGUAUAAGACAUGGAGCUGGUUUCUGGUUCCAUAUGUGAAGAUAAUCCAGAAGCAGUUUCCACACUUGUUGGCUUUUGUUUGACAGCCAUACAUACCUCUGAACACUGUCAAGUUUUACUGUAUUUACGAUGUACCCAGCAGUUUGGGAUAAACCACUUUCAGCUCUAGAG